GGACUGACGUUUGAGGAGGUGGAGAGCUUCUUCACUUUUCUGAAGAACAUAAAUGACGUAGACACGGCUUUGAGCUUCUACCACAUGGCUGGAGCUUCGCUUGAUAAAGUGACAAUGCAGCAAGUGGCCAGGACAGUGGCCAAGGUGGAGCUCUCUGACCACGUGUGCGACGUGGUGUUCGCGCUGUUCGACUGCGAUGGGAAUGGCGAGCUGAGCAACAAGGAGUUUGUUGCCAUAAUGAAACAGCGUCUUAUGAGAGGCUUGGAGAAGCCCAAGGACAUGGGCUUCACGCGACUCAUGCGGGCGAUGUGGAAGUGCGCCCAGGAGACAGCAUGGGACUUCACCAUGCCCAAGCCAUAG